AUGUCCACCAGCUGCUUCCACGCGACGCAGAACAAGAACAAGACGUGGCUCUUUCUCCCUGGCUCUGACGAGCGGUCCAAAGCAAGCAAAGGAGCGGGUAAAACGAGCAUCACUGGCAUCGACAGGCCGUCUCGGAGAGUGGAUGUACUGGACUUGGAGCGGUGUUUUGAUACUGCCAUCCAGUUUGCCAGCAAGAACAAGCACAUGGACGUUGCUUGUGAAGAAAAAUUGUCCAUGCUUGACCAAGAUUUCAUGGCUACGUAUGCUCGAGUCUCGCAGCGAUACGGCUCAAGAUUGUCUAGUGAAGGCUCUAGUGACAGUCACAAAAUACUGACCAAAUUACUAUUUGAGCAGAAAUGGUCCGAUGUGGUCUUGGGCGAAUUGGAGUCGAUGCUUAUGGUCUCGUUCCUCGAGCAGGGCUUGCACGACCUCAUUCAAGAGAAGGAGGGGGUGGAACAUCUUCGUGAACAAGUGCAAAAAACGAACGAGUCGCAUCAGCGAGACGCUCAAAGUAUGAAGGAGCAAUACGAGACGGAGAUUGACCAGCUAAAAACGACUUUUGAGAGCGAGAAGAGAGAGAUGGAGCGGCGAUUGGCUGACUCAAAAGAGCAAAUGACGAAGAUGGGCGACGCGAUGAAGACGCUAAACGCAAUUUUCCGACAAAUGCGAGAGGAUACCGAGAAGGUGAAAGCUGUGGAGCUGCGGGAGAACUACGGUAGACUCGAGCAGAAGUACGAACAGUGUCGAGAGGAGAUUGAGCAGCUGCGUCCUGUGGUCCAAGAGAAGCAGCAGCUUCAGAGCAAGAUUGACGACUUGAUGCGAGAUCGAGGCGCACUCAAGGACCAAAUCACAGAAUGGACCAAUUUAGUGACUACGAAGGACUCCGUCAUUGCGUCUCUAAUGGAGCAGCAUAGCAAUCUGGUCGCAGCCCAAGAGCUGAAAGCUGCAAGGGAAGAGGAAAUGCGUCGACAAGCAGAAGAAGAGAAGGAAUACGAGCGAGAGGAGGCUCUGACUGUAUCGGGAGACUCGAACACUCGAGCAAGUGGAGUCUGCGUUCGAUGUAAGCAGGAUCUACGUACAGUAUCAGCGAAUGGAGGCUUGACGGAGGGCGACAACGCACCGGAAACUACGAAUUCUCCCGUGACUAUGGAGCCAGAAGCGUUUAAACUGCCGAAGAAGAGACGUAUCCAAUGUCUGUACUUCCGCAUUCUACUACCGAAUCUCGGUGGUCGACGACCUCAACGUGAUGUUUCCUGGACGCUCAGCUGUAUGCGAUCCAUCAUGUUCGCCAAGCAAAUCGACGACUCCAUGUGCAAACGCACGGCUGGUUUGUUCCCGCUACGGAUCCGUAUGCCUGAGUUUGUGUACGCGUGGUUUGCACCGUGGAAAUCCUUGAAAGAGGAAAAAUCUAUUGCCGAAGAAGACCCAGUCGAUGGAGCUGCAGAUGUCGAAGCUCUUGAUGAUCCGAAUGACUCAGACGCAUUGCUGCAUCGACAGAUCCAAGCCAACGAGGACCGGUAUCUCGAGGCAAAACUGUUUUUGUCCCUUCUAGACGAGAAAUUUGGGGAGGACGAACAAGUGUUCAUGCUUCAUUGCUACCAAGUGUUGGACGUUCUACUCGAGGGGCGUCUGAAUUGGGGUCCAGUACGUGACUUAGUGUCGUUCGAAGUGUUUGCUCGAGAGUAUGCCGCGCUCUUCAAUGAAGGUUCAGGGGGAGAUGAGACCGUAGCGCCACCGCGUGUGCGAGUUCCGAAGACCAUCUGGAUCUCGCCGUAUCAUGCCUCCCUCGCUACCAGUGUGAUCCUCUCCAAGGCGACCGAAACAGAGCGGGAAGCACUUGACAAGAAGAUUUUAGAGUACGUGGUUACCAACGUUCCUGACGACGAGAGACCUGAAAUUUACCUGGAGUCUAAGACGAAGACACAGCAAGACGAAGAGCAGGCCAGGAAAAGACCCAAAUCUGGUCCACGCGGCGGGAUAAAUGACGAGAUUCUUGAUGGUAUUUUACACGAGCCGCAGCACUUUGUGGAUGCGAAUCUGUGGGUGGAACUCAUGAUGCUCGAGUACAAGGAAGAGCAAGCUCAUCGUUGUGCUGCCAUCCGUCUUAUGUUCCAGACGGCGACGUCAGCUGCAGCAGCAGCCUCUGGCUCGGUAGCGGAGAUGUCGCUGUCUGCAAUGUUAGGCAUCAAUUACGCAUCCAUGGACAUGGAGCAGUUCCGGGCUACGGUCCACACGCUAAACGACGAGAUCCCGUCGUUCAUGGUGGCCACUCUGUUCCGGAACGCGUAUACUCGCGGCAACGGGACUGUCAACUUCGAUUCGUUCAUGGAAGCUGCAGAGACGGCGCAGUUUUUCUCGACGUGUAUGCGACUGGAGAGCCCCAGCUCCGUUGUGUCGAGACUAUUUGGCCAUCCAUUCUCUCGCUCUCCAGUGCUCAUGACACCAAGCUCUCGAGCUGCGUUUAUUGUGAGCAGGUUCUUCGCGAUCCUAGGGGAUGAAAUCAGCAGCACCAUUGAAGAAUUGCCCCUCUGGACACGCAGUAUGACCGACUCGCUCGCGUACGAGAUUUCGUCAAUACUGCUUGAAGGGGGUUAUAGUGACGGCAUCCGGCUGCUGACGCUGUUCCAGAGACUCAUCGACAACCUCGGGGUGGCCAAGUUAAUACGACGAGAGACUACGGGCUGUCUGUUCAGCUCCAGUGAUCUCUGCAACAUUGAGAAGGCUUUGACGGGGCUUCUGGACUUCGCUCGCCAACGAGAAAAAUCAUCAGUGGAGCUAUUGAUCGAGGCUGUAAGGCAGAAACUGAGUGUGAGGCGUGUACAAAUGAAGUUCCGGAGGCGAUUGAAACAGGAUCAGGGUGCGCCAUUAGUCAUGCGAACGCUAAUGCAUCGACGUUACGGCAGUGGUCCCUUAAAUUACAGGCAGCGGAGAGCAGAACGACCGGUGAUCUGGUUACGGCUGGUGAUUUCCUCAAUUGUGCGCCAGUCGAUGCAGUCCACGCGGAUAUCUGCCGUCCUGGGAGAGCUGAGCAGUAUCAGCGGGGCUUUCCACGCGGGGCGGUCGUCACCGCUGCAGCUGACCGUCUCGAGCUCUCUAAACGGAGGAAUCGGCCCCACGCCAAAGCCCGUUUUCGUGGAGCUCAUUUACGACUUUUUCCUCGAGAAACUCGGUGCUCGGUGUGAGGCUGAACGCAUGAUCCACGACGUGUUUGCUACUUGCAGGCCUCUUGUACGAACGGACCCGCUGGCUGUUGUGUUUAGCCACCUCUGUUGCAUGAGUAACUCGUGUUCUGAGGAUAGACUUCUGGGUCAAAACGAAGCGCUGGCCUUCCUGCACGCGAUUUUCCGCUGUGGACUGCACACGUUUCGUAUCAUCAACCCUUCAGACUUCGUGGAGAUUGACGUGGUGGAAAACAUCCUGCAGACGGCGUUCUCGAAGCUUAGUUCCGACCAGAAGACGAGACUGAAACUACGAAUCGCCGACGCUGCUACUGAUAAAAAGGCGAUAGAAAUGGAGGCCAGCGCUUUCCUUGUGUUGGCACUCAACGAGUGGAGACGCUACAUCCUGCACCGACUGAAUGAAAUUCGAGUGGCUUGCUGCGAAGUUGAAGCGGAACUGGUCCAAUUUGAAGAAGUAUUGCAGCUUGAAACGCUGGCGACUAUAUUGCAGAAGACAGACAUCACAUUUAGCUCUGAGGAUCUGUGCACCAUCAUGCGUCGACUACGAUGA